AUGUCCCGGUCCGAUCCCUCCCCGCCCCGUUCCUGCGGCACACGGUCGCCACCUCCCGGCCGCGACUUGCUGCUACGAGUUCCUCACCUUGCGUUUCACACGGGCGGGCAGGAGCCCGCCUUCACCAACUGCUGCCUGACAGAAGCAAGAGGAAUCUCAGUGUACAUUCCCUUCACGUGUCCUUUUGUUGCAAAUAGGCGGCAGGAGGACCGGCAGCAGCAGCAGCAGCAGCAGGAGGACCAGGACGACGAGGCCGAGGAGGAGCGGAGCCUGUGGACGGCCUUCAAGAAGCUGCGGGUGGACGCGGCGCGAUGGAUCGCGGCUCAGCCUGUGGGCGACGGGACGGUUCUCACGGCGCCGAGGAGAAGAGCUGCAGAUGGAGCCCAGCAACCGUCCGUCUGCUGCCAGGAAGCACGGAAUGGUCUCACACCUUUGCACCCUCCCCUGCCCACCUUCUGGGGUGCUGCGAAGUACCUGGAUAUUCAGUGCCGUGCUGCCACUAGCUCUGAUAUCCACGCUGUGCGCUGCAGUGCAGUAUGGAAUGACGGUGGCCAACACAAAGCACCUUCAGUAAAGUACAAUUUAUUAAUCACCAAAGAUCUGGGGGAAGUACCUUUCAAACAGGAGUGUUUGCACGUAGCUCUCCUCUGGGAGAAGCCCGUUUUCUGCAGACUCUUACACCGUUCCUGUCACAGUCUGUACACCAGCAGCCGUCUCGUUUCUCUAAGCAAAGAAAAACAAACCAAAAACCACAUGACAUGUCAUUAGCUGCGCUAUAGAGCUCUGUGAGCAAUGGCACAGGUUCCGUAUUUACCUACCUGUUCACCUCUUACGACCCUGCAGGUGUG